CUGAUACAGUAUCUAUGCUGAGAGUAAUGCAAUCAAACAAUAAAUUUGUCCGAGGAUUUAUGUAUAUAAAUAAGGGUUUAAUUCGCUAUUCAAAGCAGAACAGCAUUUGAUAUAUACAGAAGACACAGACACUAACAUGGAUACCAGGAUCUUACCGUUAUUUCUAAUGUUCUUGACACUAGCUGUCUGCAAACACACUAACAACUCUGACAAAGGACACGAUGCCCAAGGAAAAGGACACAAAGGCAACAAACACCACCAUAAACACCCUGGACUUGCGAGGGAGUUGUUGGAAUUACGGAACAAACAUCUCUCACAAGAUAUCAGAGACAAACAUGUUUCUGAAAGAGAAGAAAACGUGUUAGCUGACCUCAAAGCCCUACUAGCGGAAGAUGGUGGUGAUUCAGAAGAUAUGCAGCGGAGAGAUGAAAGUGAUGCCACUAGCACCACCGAAGACGAAGACGAAAGGUCAGAAACUGAGAGUACUGAUGAGUUGGACAGGAGAAGUGAGGAUAGUGACGACCUUGACCUGUUGUCUUUACUUGCUAGACGGAAGAUAUAAAUUAAACUUUAUAUUGCAAGACUUUGAAUUGGAUAUGUGCCGCUUGUUUAAGGAAUGUGAUUUUUAGACAUGCUUAUUGCAGUAUCAUUUAUAAAUAUAUUCACAUCCGACAUUUCCUGCUGAUUGAAUACCAGUAUCAUGUAUUUUAGUUUGCAUAUAUAUGUAUCUUAUUUUCACAGAGGCUCCUUUAGCACAAUAACUUUUUUCAACGUCUGUCUGUGUGCAAACUAAUCAUUUACCUUACCCAUUAUAAGAGAAAUCCGAAGUUAUUUCCCCUGUACAGACAGCAAGUACAGAAAUAGACAGAGUCAAUACGGUCCAGUCAUUCUCGUUUUGAGCUUCUCAGUUUUUAUUUGCGCUUUCUGUCCUUUGUCAUCUGCUUCUUUACUAUGACUGUACAUAUUUCUGCUCGUGAUUAAUAAUUCAAAAUGCAAAGAUUCAAAAUGGAGUUUGUUAUUCAGAUGCUAGAGUUGUGUAUUAACAUAAAUUUCAUUUUAGGUUUUCGCUUUUUGCAUAGAUCUGCUCGUCUAGUUGUGAUGUGGAUAAUGGUCUAAAUAGAUGUACAAACUGUGUUCUGAAACCGAACCCGUUACAAAUUCUUGUUUCCAAACGAUCUUCUUAUAGAUUUUUUGAACCAGAGACAGCAGCUUUAUACCAACUAAAGCCAAAUCCAAUGGUACCGGAUAUUUCAAAUAAAUCAUUCUCCAACACAACAUAGAAGAACAUUUUCGUAUACAAUAUGUUUACAAUGGUACCCUGGUUGCACUAUGUCGAGCUUCUAGUGGAAAACAAUGAACGGGAACCACUCGAUGAUAAUAUUAAAUGUAAUUUAGUUAAAAUAAAUUGAAAAAGAUA